AUACACAGAUGAAUAUACCUGUUAAUGGUAGCAUGGCCGAUGGUUGUAUAUGUAAGGUCACGAUGGUUAGAGCAGAGUCAUCUGGCAGUAACCUUGUUAAUGUAUUCAAUAUAGAGGGUGUAAAAGGAUGUGGAUAUAAAGUGGUUAAUUAUAACACGUUUAACAAUGAUAGCUGGACGUGUUCUGAUAAUGAGAUAGUAUACUAUCGACUGAGUUUAAAUGAAUCCUUCCAGUUGACAUUUACCAGAGAUUCAACAACACAACCAACUUCUACUGGAUUCUGUUUACAUAUAACCACGACAAUCUUCAACAUUGAUACAAAUAACACAUUUACCAUCACCUGCUGGCGUAACGAUGCUACUACCACAGAAACAACAAGCCCUCAACCAGAAACACAAGCAAGAACCAAUCCUAAACCAACAUCACAAGCAACCACCAUUCCUAAUACAUCAAGAGAAAUUAUGACAUCUGUGGGUGGGGUAGCUCUUGGUGAGGCAUCCACGGACAGAACGGCAGUGAGUGGCAUCACAUCUAUAAUUGGUUCAACGGAACCAGCAACACUUACAUCAAAUAACGUGUUACCUGCAGUUACAGGUAUAGCUGUUGGAGUAUCAUUUGGUUUUCUUGUCUUAAUUAUCAUCAUUGUCAUACUUAUAUGUAUAAUACGAAGAAAGGAUAAGACACAUGUUGAAUACGUAUCUAAAUGUACAUGUCGUAGAUCUGACGUCAACCACCCUGAAAACAUGUACGAUGUCAUGACGCCAAGAGAAGAUAAUCACCAGUAUGAAAUGUCACCCGUGCAAGAUUCUAACGCAACAGCUGACGACGUUCAACCUACGUAUGCCGUCAUGGUGAAUAGAUCUUCCGAGAACAAUUAUCAAAUAUUGGCGCCACCUGUAACCAAUGGUGUAUACGUAAAUCAGUGACUUUAGUUGACAAUUAUAAAUAUUAAUCAAAUAAUUAGUUUGAACAGCUUUAAUGGCUCUGUUAGAUACCAAAAUGGUUUCAUUUCAAAUACAAUAACGUUGCACAUAGACCUGUCUAAUCAAUAUGUCAACCAUUUUAAGGAAUAGCCAUCCCAAAUGUCAGCUAUGAAGUUUGCGAGAAUCACAUCAGUGCGAAAGGUCUCUGAUGUUAGGCGUAUGUUUUAAACUUAGAACAUGCGACUUGUUUGUGGUCUCAUUAGAGUAAAAUACCAGUAACAUUUUGUUUAAAUAUUCUGUGACUAUACUGCCAUGCUUGUAUUUUACAAAAGUUCCCGCUCAUCUAUAAGAUUCUACACAAUGUCAUAUGGAGUUGUGUCCCUUUAACUAUAUUGUAAACACAAUGUUCCUCGCGUCCUGAUCUUGACGCACAAGUUAACAAAUAUUAUCAUGUUUAACGUUAAUACACAAUAGUUUGAUGUGUAUAUAAGUCAGUAUUUCAUAAUGAUAAAUGCUUCUGAAAUAUCAACCCCAGAAAUUUGGUUUUAUCCACAACUGGAAGGCGAUUGCCAUCCUAGUAUAGGGGUUCAUUUUAUCUGGAUGCAAACCUCGUUGCCCAUUGUUGAAGUGAAUUCAAGCAGAUUUGCAACUCGUGUUCAAUUAUCUGCAUGUCUGUAAAACCAUAGCACUUCCGAAAGUCGUCAACAUAAAGAACGCUGUUUGUACUUCUUUAGUCUGGCUUAACGUGUAUCUUGAUCGUCUUCUCGUCCUUACUUUGCGACCGAAAUCCACAUUGGAAGUCAGUAAAGCCUGGAUAGAGCAUAACUAUCUUUUUAUUUUGCAAUUACUUCUUAGAAAAACUUAAAAGAUAUGGCCAAAUGGGUGCAGCAUAAACCAACCUAUGUUGUGAUUUUAUUCAUUUACAAAUGAAGAUUAACCAUGCAUUAUGCAAGAGCUAAGUCUGCUUAUUGUCGGUCUUUAGGCCUGAAAUAUUAUCUAAAUUAUUAAUUCGACAUUAAUUAGCUUAUCCAGACUGAAAUUUUCAGCAAAUUCCCUUUACAUUAUCUAGUUUUUAACUAUUAUAGCGAGAACUGCCAGAUCUUUAUCUAAUCGUAGAUAAUGCAUGUAUCUUUAAUUUGGAUUUUUGAAAUAUUUCUUUAGGCCUGAAAUAUUAUCUUAAUUAUGUAUUCGACAUUAAUUAGCUUAUCCAGACUGAAAAAUUUAAGCAAAUUUCUUUUUACAUUAUCUAGUUUUUAACUAUUAUAGUGAGAACUGCCAGCUCUCUAUCCAAUCGCCGAUAAUGUAUGUAUCUUUAAUUUGGAUUUUUGAAAUAUUUUCAAUUGUAACCUGCCUGUG